UCAGUUUACUCGCAUUCCAUUUGGAGUAACCAAUGGCGUAGCUGCUUUUCAACGUACACUGCAAUUUAUAAUAGAGUCAGAGAAACUUAACGGCACAUUUGCUUAUUUAGAUGAUAUUACCGUAUGCGGCAAAACAAAAGACGAUCAUGACAAAAAUUUGGAAAGAUUUAUGAUGGCAGCCGAGAAAUACAGUUUGACACUUAACAAAGACAAAUGUACCUUUUCUUCUAGCUCUAUAAAUUUACUUGGUUAUAAUGUUCAUAAUAACACUAUUAAACCAGAUUCAACUCGUCUUAAGCCACUUCUUGACUUACCAGUCCCAUCAGAUGGACCUUCACUGAAAAGAACUCUCGGGCUUUUUGCGCAUUAUUCAAAAUGGGUACAAAAUUUUUCUGAAAAGGUAAGGCCUUUAAUCUCAAGCAAAAGCUUUCCACUCGAUGAAACAGCUAUUUCUAGUUUUAAUUCUCUUAAAUCUACUAUUGCUAAGUCAUGUUUGACUGCAAUAGACAAUGAAGAAAGAUUCGUCGUUGAAACUGAUGCUUCUGAGCAUACAAUUGCAGCAUCUCUUACACAAAAUGGAAGACCAGUGGCAUUUUUUUCUAGAAGUCUUUCCGAUUCAGAACGCCGUCACUCUGCUAUUGAAAAAGAAGCUUACGCAAUUGUAGAAUCUUUACGCAAGUGGCGACACUAUCUCUUGGGUCGACAUUUUCUUCUCAUCACCGAUCAACAGUCAGUUUCAUUUAUGCUGAAUCAAAAUCAUACAAGCAAAGUUAAAAACGAGAAAGUUGAACGAUGGCGCCUUGAGUUGUCGUGUUAUAAAUACGACAUUAUAUAUAGACCAGGGAAAGAAAAUUUCACUGCUGAUGCUUUGUCUAGAAUAAGCGCUAGUAUAUCUACAAAUAAACUUUAUGAAAUACACGAUGCUUUGUGCCAUCCUGGAAUAGUGAGAAUGGCACAUUGGGUACGUCAAAAGAAUCUGCCAUAUUCGAUUAAUGAAAUAAGAUCCAUGGUUUCGUCUUGCCCUAUUUGUUCAGAAAUAAAACCAAGAUUUGGUCAGACACACGGCCAUCUCAUAAAAGCAACUUCGUGUUUUGAAAGACUUAAUAUAGAUUUCAAAGGGCCUGUGCCAAGUAACACUACUAAUCGUUAUAUAUUAACAGUAAUCGACGAAUACUCUAGAUUUCCCUUCGCUUAUCCAUGUAAAGAUAUGACUGCUUCAACUGUUGUUCAUUGUCUGAAAGAUAUCUUUUAUCUAUUUGGUAUACCACAAUAUAUUCACUCUGACAGAGGAACAUCAUUUUUAUCAGAAGAAGUCCAACAAUUUCUUCAUUCCCUUGGAAUAGCUACUAGCAGAAGCUCUCCCUACAAUCCAGAAGGUAACGGACAAAUAGAAAGACUAAAUGGAACAUUAUGGAAGAGUAUUCAACUAAGCAUUCGGUCCAAAAGUAUGCGAAUCGAAGAAUGGGAAAAAGUUUUGCCUUUUGCUCUUCACUCAAUACGCUCGUUGUUAUGUACAAGUACCAAUGCAACCCCUCAUGAACGUAUGUUUCAUCAUCCUAGACGAUCAUUAAAUGGACAAUCUAUGCCAACGUGGUUACUUACUCCAGGACCUAUACUACUUAAACGACACGUAAGAAAUUCUAAAUAUGACCCAUUAGUUGAUGAAGUGGAAUUAUUACAACCUAAUCCCAUGUAUUCAUAUGUCAAGCUUCCUGAUGGUCGUGAAACAGUAGUUUCUAAUAAACAUUUAGCUCCUUUGCCGCAACUUAAUCGGGAGAGUGAAGAAAGUGCUGAUAUGGAGCCGGAUGUCCAGGGAACUAUAAAUGACACUGUGGAACCUGACGUGUCAAAUGAAGGACGGGCAGCCGAGUCCGAAGAACCUGUUCUACGCCGUUCCAGUAGAGAUCGCAGACCACCAGCUUAUUUAAGGGAUUAUUUAAGGGGGGGAGAAUGACAUGUUAUCUAUGAUAUUUUAAAAAAUAAUCUUG